AUAUAUAUUCCUCCAUCUCUCAAUUUCUCUGUCAUAGAGGAAGAAAACAAGGGCAAACCCUAAUUCGAACGUUGUUGAAAAAGCAAAGAACAAAUUAAGGAAAAACUUUAGAAGAGGAAGAAAAAAAGCCUAGAGAAGGCGAUGUCGUGUUCAGUUACCAUCUGUAGCUCACCAGUGUUCUCUCUGUCUUCGUCUCUUUUCUGUACCAGAACUUCGAUCAGCUCUCCUCAACCCCAACCUUUGAACCCAUCGUUGGUUCACCUCAAAACUUCGUCCUCUUCUCCUGCUUCACCUCCUACUUCAUCGCCGUCUUCGCCUUUUAGGAUUCGGCUUCAUAAACCGCCGACUGGGUCCUUGUUAUCUUCUUCUGCUUCAGCAUCAUCGUCUUCUUCCGUUUCGAGCUCGGCUGCAGGUCUGGGACCGGGAUCGGUGUCGACGAUUUGGAAGAGGAAGAGGCCAGCGAGGCUGGAUAUUCCGGUAGCGACGACGGCUGUGUGUUUUGGGGUUCCAGCAACUCCGUGUGAAGUGGGGGGAGAGGUGGAGAGAGAAGGAGAUGGCUAUUCGGUUUACUGUAAAAGAGGGAGGAGAGAGGCUAUGGAAGAUAGGUUCUCAGCUUCUGUUGAGCUCCAAGGAGAUUCAAAACAGGCCUUUUUCGGUGUUUUUGACGGACAUGGAGGUGCUAUAGCUGCAGAGUUUGCAGCCCAAAAAUUGGAGAAGAACAUCAUAGAUGAAGUUGUUAGAAGAAGGGACUCAAGCAAAGUAAAGGAAGCUGUUAAAGAAGGUUAUUUGAAAACAGAUGCCGAGUUUCUUAAGGAAGACGUCUCCGGUGGCACAUGUUGUGUGACAGCAUUGAUCCAGAAUGAAAACCUUAUUGUGUCCAACGCUGGUGAUUGUCGCGCUGUUAUGAGCAGAGGUGGUGUCGCUGAGGCUCUUACCUCCGAUCACAGACCUUCAAGGGAGGACGAAAGAAACAGAAUCGAGACUUCUGGUGGCUAUGUGGACUUAUGCCGUGGUGCUUGGAGAAUACAGGGUUGUCUUGCUGUUUCCAGAGGGAUAGGAGAUCGGCACCUUAAAGAGUGGGUAAUAUCGGAGCCCGAGACAAAGAUUGUCUGCAUCAAACCCGAGUGCGAGUUCUUAAUAUUAGCUUCUGAUGGGUUAUGGGAUAAGGUUACCAACCAGGAAGCAGUUGACAUUGCUCGUCCUUCAUGUCUAGGCAUCUGUAAGCAGAAUGCUUUGGGUGCCUGUAAAAAACUUGUUGAUCUUUCUGUUUCACGAGGCUCAUCCGAUGAUAUUAGCGUGAUGCUCAUUCAACUGGGCCGUUAUAUUUGAUUAAUUCAUAGGAGAAAUUAGUUUAUAUUGGUAGGCAGUGUUUAAAUUUAUUUAUCGACCAUUCUUUUCCUUUGUGGGGAUUUUUAUACACACUGCCGAAAAAGACAUUACAGAGACUCGGCUAAACUUGUUUAUAUAUUGACUGGCAUUCGUUGACCUUAGAGUUGUA